AUGGAUGUCUCACAAGCGGACCCUUUCUACUAUCAUCACGUGCCGAAGAACAUCCUCCUCAUACUACUGAGUCUCGUCACGCUUCCUUUCUCAGCGGCCCUGGUGAUUGGAAGUCUCAUAUACUCGAGAUUCUUUCCAGAGUCGAAACCAAUUCCUCUCCGCGAUGCUUCUGAGCGCAAAACCAUCCUUGUCACUGGCGUCUCCAUGACCAAGGGCCUCACCAUAGCUCGUAUAUUAGCUCAACAUACACCACACCGAGUGAUCGGUGCAGAUACCUCUGCGUUCUCACCAGGUCGCUUUUCCAGCGCCCUCGCAAAGUUUUACGUCCUCACACCGCCGGAUGGGAGCGACGCAGAACCGUACAUCGACUCGCUGCUACACGUGAUCAAGAGCGAGAAAGUAGAUCUGUGGAUCAGCUGCUCGAGCGUGGUCGCAGCGGUAGAAGAUGGAGAGGUGGUGAAACUGGCUGAGCGGGAGCGGGGCAAGGGAUUCCAUGCUGUGCAGUUCCGAGGCGAUGUUGUCGAGCGGCUGCACGAGAAAGACCAGUUCAUCGAAUACAUUCGAUCGCUCGAGCUGCCGGUUCCUGAAAGCCAUAGGUGCACUUCGUCCGACGAAGUUAUCAAGAUCUUGACGAAAGAGAGGCAAGGAAGCAGGAAGUUUAUCCUGAAGCCGAUCGGAGUGGACGACCGUGCGAGAGCGAAUAUGAUGACCCUCCUGCCUUUCGACAAGCGAGAGGACACAGUCUCCUACGUCAAAUCCUUGCAGAUCUCGAACGAGAACGCCUUCCAAGUCCAGCAGUACAUCUCCGGCGCAGAGUACUGCACGCAUGCCCUUGUGAUCCGCGGCCGCGUUGUGGCUUUCACGUGCUGUCCUUCAUCCGAGCUGCUCAUGCAUUACGAAGCCAUACCCCCGUCAUCACAUCUCUUCCAGCAGAUGCUGGAUUUCACCCAACGCGUGGCACAAGACGGCGGGGAUUCGUUCUCAGGCCAUCUCAGCUUCGACUUCCUUGCUGAAGGAGAAGGGAAAGUGUCGAAGCUAUAUCCGAUCGAAUGCAAUCCGCGCGCUCAUACGGCUGUUGUCUUGUUCUCCAACACGCCCCAGAUGGCGUCUGCGUAUCAUUCCCCGUUUUCGCCUUCGAAGUCUGCGGAUAUGAAAAUUGUCACACCGCGCUCCCCGACGCCGUCGUAUUACUGGCUCGGUCACGACCUUGUUGCUUUGCUCAUACUGCCCGUCCUCGAUUUGAUGUGGGGAUUUGCAACGUUGAAUGAGGUGCUCAACUGCAUGACAGACUUCUGGGAGCAUGUUGUGAGUUGGCGUGAUGGGACGUUUACGAUGCAGGAUCCGGUGCCGUUCUUCGUGUUGUACCACGUGUAUUGGCCGAUGAGGUUCUUGACGAGUCUGAUGGGAGGGAAGGGUUGGUCGAGGAUCAAUGUCAGCACAACGAAGGUUUUCGAGCAGUGA